GAUGAAAAAACAAUCCCAGAUGGAGGCAAGUUUGCGUGGCUUUGCCUAACGGGCACCGCUGCAUGCUUCUUCACAUCGUGGGGAUGGAUAAACUGCGUUGGAGUUUUCCAAGAAUACUACAAGCGCGUCCAAUACCCCGACCUAUCACACAGCACCAUCGGCUGGAUAUCUGCUACCGAAAUGUUCUGCAUGCUGUUCAGUAGCCCUGUCGCCGGAACAAUCUUCGACAACCACGGUCCUCGACAGCUUCUCUACGUCGGAACCUUCCUCCAUGUCUUCGGGCUCAUGAUGGCAUCCAUCAGUACACAAUUCUACCAAACUAUCCUCUCCCAAGGAAUCUGCUCUGCACUCGGUGCUGGACUCCUCUUCAACGCCGCAAUCUCUUGCGUUGCGACCUGGUGGGACAAGAAGCGUGGCAUGGCGAUGGGCAUUACAGCGGCCGGAUCUUCUCUCGGAGGCGUCCUUUUUCCCAUCAUCGUCUCAAAGACGGCCCCAAAGAUCGGAUUCCCAUGGGCCAUGCGAACAUGCACCUUUAUAAUCCUCGCUUUACUCUCGUACGCCAUAUUUAGCGUUAAGUCGAGGGUAAAACCUACAAAGCGCCCAUUCAAAGCAACUGCCUUUCUGAAGCCGCUAAGGGAAUUGCCAUAUGCUCUAUUCGGCAUAGCAUACUUCUUUCUAACUCUAGGCAUCCUCCUUCCCCUCUCUUACCUUGUUCAAGACGCGCACGCCCGUGGCAUGGGCGUCGAAAUAUCGCAGUAUCUUGUUUCGCUACUCAACGCCGGGUCUUUUUUUGGUCGCAUCAUCCCCGGUCUUGUCGGCGAUCGCAUUGGUCGCUUCAACACCAUGAUCGUGCUUGUGUUCCUCGCUACAAUAUUCAUCCUAGGCUUUUGGAUCCCUGCAAAGAGCAAUGCGGCGCUGAUCGCGUUUGCACCAUGUAUAGGUGCGGCUACGGGGGCGUCAAUUAGUCUGCCGCCUGCGAUGAUUGGGCAAAUUAGUGAUAUCAAGGAGAUUGGGGUCAGGAGUGGGACUAUGUGGGCGAUUGGAAGUUUUGGGGCGUUGAUAGGACCCCCGCUUGCGGGUGCGCUAAUCGGUGCUGUUGAUGGGGACUUCUGGGCGUUGAAAGUGUUUGGGGGUGGGAUGUGUCUUGCCUCGGCUUUGUUCUUUGUCGCUUCCAGGGUUGCGUUGGUUGGGACGGCAGUAAUGAAGAAGGUAUGA